AUUACACAUCAAUCAUUCAUGGUAAAUAUGCUCAUGAGGAAACUGUAGCAACUGUAUCUUUUGCUGGGAAGUAUGUUAUUGUCAAGAAUAUGACAGAAGCAAUGUAUGUGUGUGACUACAUUCUUGGGGGUGAACUUAAUGGAUCAAGCUCAACCAAAGAGGAAUUUCUAAAGAAAUUUAAAUAUGCAGUUUCAAAGGAGUUUGAUCCAGAUAGUGACCUGGUAAAGCUUGGCAUUGCAAAUCAGACAACAAUGCUCAAGGGAGAAACAGAAGAGAUUGGUAAAUUAGUAGAAAGGACAAUGAUGCGCAAGUAUGGAGUGGAAAAUGUUAAUGAGCACUUCUUAAGCUUCAAUACCAUUUGUGAUGCUACUCAAGAGCGCCAAGAUGCAAUGUACAAGCUGGUAGAGGAAAAUUUAGAUCUAAUGUUGGUGAUUGGUGGGUGGAACUCAAGCAGUACCUCGCACCUACAAGAGAUUGCAGAAGAAAGUGGAAUCCCCUCAUACUGGAUUGACAGUGAGAAGAGAAUAGGUCCUGGCAACAAAAUCGCAUAUAAGCUUAAUCAUGGGGAGUUGGUUGAGAAAGAAAACCUAUGA